UUAUCAUAUGAGGAAAUUGAAAAGGGUUUGCCCACAAUUGACACAUCAAAGACACUCAUACGUGAGGUGUGUCCACCGUUCUUUGCUGGUGUUGAAUGUCGGCCGGGUAAAUAUCGUCGUUUCGAUGGCCUCUGCAAUAAUAUUGAACAUCCAACGUGGGGUGCUGCUAUGUCACCAUUUCAACGUUUAAUUGGACCACUUUACUCUGACGGCAUAAAUGCACCACGUAUUUCUGUUACCGGUCAUGAUUUGCCUUACUCACGUAUUGUCUCGCGCACCAUGCAUCCUGAUGACGGCUACCAUGAUCAUGCCGGCACUGUUAUGGUUAUUGCUUGGGGUCAAUUCAUGGAUCAUGAUUUUACAUUAACCGGCACACCACUUGAUCCCAUCAACCGUAAUGAUCCUGAGGAAUGCUGUAAGCGUCCCUUACAUUUGAAGCAUCCUUAUUGUAAUGAGAUCCGCAUACCAGACGAUGAUUAUUUCUACCGUUUGUUUAAUGUAAAAUGCAUUGAUUUUGUGAGAGGUUUUCCAUCACCUAGACCCGGCUGCAGAUUGGGUUCCCGACAACAAUUCAAUACACUCACCGGUGUCAUCGAUGCCAACACAGUUUAUGGUGUAAAUGAGAAAUUUGAUCGGAAGCUGCGUACAGGCUAUGGUGGUCUGCUGCGCAUGAAUCCUGUAUUCCAAGAGUAUGGACUUAAAGAUUUAUUACCACUGAAAUUAGAUAUACCCGAUGAGGGUUGCACUCGUCCCAACAAAAGCAUGUUCUGUUUCGAAGCUGGUGAAAUUCGUGUCAAUGAACAAUUGGUACUGACCUGCAUGCACACUUUAAUGGCACGAGAACACAAUCGUGUAGCCACAGCCUUAGCACAAAUCAACAAACAUUGGGAUGAUGAAACUUUAUUCCAAGAAGCACGUCGUAUCAAUGUAGCUAUUGUGCAACAUGUCACCUUCAAUGAGUUUUUACCCAUACUCUUAGGUAAAGAAAUAAUGGAAAAGUUUGGUUUAGUAUUACGAAAGGAUGGUUAUUGGGAUGGCUAUGAUCCAAGUGUAAAUCCUGGCAUUAUUGAUGCAUUUGCCGGCGCAGCUUUCCGUUUUGGACAUUCAUUAUUACCUACAGCAGUAGAACGUUGGUCUAAGGCACAUAAAUUUAUUGCGUCAAAACGUUUAUCUGACUUGAUACGUCGUCCUUAUGACUUGUAUCGUGCCGGUGUAUUGGAUGAAUAUUUUAUGGGUUUGAUGAAUCAAGUAGCACAAGCUAUGGACGACUCAAUUACACAGGAAGUAACAAAUCAUUUGUUUAAGAAAGAAGGUGCUCGAUUUGGUAUGGAUUUGGUUUCAUUUAAUAUGCAACGUGGACGUGAAUUUGGCUUGCCUGGUUAUAUGGAAUUUAGAAAAUUCUGUGGUUUACCUACUUCAAAUACUUGGGAAGAAAUGUUUGGUUCUAUGCCUAAUGAAACGAUUGUACGCUAUGAAAGUAUCUUUGAACAUCCAGCUGAUAUUGAUUUGUGGUCAGGUGGAGUUUCUGAGAAAUCAUUGCCUGGCUCUAUGUUAGGACCUACUUUUGCAUGCGUAAUUGCGACGCAAAUGAGUUAUGUACGACGUGGUGAUCGUUUCUGGUACGAAUUACCCAAUCAGCCAUCAUCUUUCACACCAGAACAAUUGCAAGAAUUGCGUAAAGCAAAACUUUCACGCUUGAUAUGUGAUAACACAGAUUUAAUUGACACCGUGCAAAUUUACCCAAUGGUGUUGCCAGAUCAUGAAAUGUGA